AUGGAAAUUGUUGCAGAGACUACAACUGAAGAAGGUAGCCAACAAAGCAUCACUUUUGGUGGGAGAGGAUCAGGACCAGGACAAUUCACACGUCCCACGAGAGUUGUCGUUUCGUCUAGGAACGAGAUAUUCGUGGCUGAUCACGUCAACCAUCGGGUACAAGUCUACAGCAUGAAAGGCGCUUACCUUCGUCAUUUCCAAACCACUGUGCCGGGACUGGCGCGUCAAAUGCUGUCAGCAGAGGAUAUCGCUAUAGACGGCCAGGACAACCUGUGGGUGUUGGGGACGGUGUACGUGGUGUUUGUUAACACCCGCGUUGUACAGUACAGCAAGUUUGGCCAAGGUUUGGCAACGUUCGAAACCCAGCGCGACAGAAGCUUCGGCGGAAUCGCCGUGGACCUUCGGAAUGGCCACGUUAUUGUGACGAGACCAUCCAACCGUUCGGUGCUGAUAUUUCAGCCGGACGGCUCGCUGGUGCGGAAGUUUGGUGAAAAGAAAUCCGCAGUUUCACAGUACGUCGCCGUCAACAAAGAUGGGAACAUUCUGAUGUCAUUUGGCGUCUUCGCACACGUGUACAACGAGACAGGACAGUUCCUGUUCAGUUUUGCAGAUCCCGGCAGUAGCAAUGGUGUACUCAUGGGUGCCAUGGGCAUCGGUACGGACAGAUCCGGUCAUAUUCUCGUAGCAGAUAACUGGUAUAAGCGGGUGUCAAUGUUUACAAGCAGUGGGCAGUUCGUUCGCCACGUGGCUACAGGACUGAAAAUGGUAAAGUACAUUGCCGUUGGCCCGAAAGGACAGCUAGUGUUGACUAAUGCGGCUGAUGCAACUGUUACUGUCUACCCGAGUUACUGA